ACCAACUUGCCUCUCUCUCUCACACACUCUCUCUCUCUCUUUCAAUUCUCAAAUCAUAUGAAACCAAUUUGGGGGACAGAUUAGAAACACUAUCAACCCGUGACCUCCAAUUCUUCAAACUCUCAGUCAUGGCGAAUUCAAUCAACAGUUCAACCCCGACCGACGGAUCGGGCAAGCGGGUCCGAAAACCCUACACCAUAACCAAGUCCAGAGAGAGCUGGACCGAAGAAGAACACGAUAAGUUCCUCGAAGCUCUUCAACUGUUUGAUCGAGACUGGAAGAAAAUUGAGGAUUUUGUGGGUUCAAAGACAGUGAUUCAGAUUCGCAGUCAUGCCCAGAAGUACUUUUUGAAAGUCCAAAAGAAUGGUACAAUAGCACAUGUGCCACCACCUCGCCCAAAGCGUAAAGCGUCUCAUCCUUAUCCCCAAAAGGCACCAAAAAAUGUUUUAUUGCCACUGCCGGGGUCUAUGGCUUAUCCUUCAUCAGUGAACCCUCUUGCUCCCGGGUAUCCUUCAUGGGAUGAGACUUCCAUGCUUGUAAAUGCUUCAACCAGUGGAAUGAUGCCACCAGAAGAUGAAUUCAAUGUUCACGGAGUUGAAGCUGAUGUUGGAUCAAAGGGAGCUGCAAGGAUUGGCAACAGCGAUGUUGUUGAAAUUGGAAGUUCCAACAGAACAGUGCCAAACCAGAGCAAGCUAGGCUCAGUACUUCAUGGGUUGCCAGAUUUUGCUGAAGUAUACAGCUUUAUUGGAAGUGUCUUUGAUCCUGACACUAGUUUCCAUGAGCUGAAGCUCAAGGAGAUGGAUCCUAUUAAUCUUGAAACAGUAUUGUUGUUGAUGAGGAAUCUAAGUAUCAACUUGUCUAGCCCCGACUUUGAGCCAAUUAAAAAAAUGUUAUCAUCAUAUGAUGGCAGUACAAGGACUGCAGGGGUAACUACCGGCAGUUGUGCCAAUAACCUAAACGAUGUAUUAUGCUAAACUACAUCACUGUAGUUAUAUAUAUACUUUGUAUUUUAUAUGGGAAUUCUGUGACCACAUUCUCAAACAUGGAAAGCUCUAAUCUUUAUGGGUACGUUCCCAAAUAGGACAGGCCGCCAGUGUCCUAGACGUGUUCCCAAGUCCCGUUUUAAGCCGACGAUUUCUAGAGUGGGAGCUCAAUGUACCCAGAAAUGCUUCGGCUUCUCGUGGAUGAUGAUGAACCGUAUCAUUUUAGGCUGCGUUUGCAGCUGUGUUUGUCCUUGGAUGUAUAUCCAUCCACCUUCAAUUUUGUGCAGCACACACUCAUUUGAGGGUGUUAGAAAUAUUUUGCUUUUUUAACCCAAGCCAAUGCAGAGCUUUGGAGAGGAUUGAAUUCUCUGCUCUGAUGUUGAGAAUUGUGUAUUGCCCUGCCCUUUGUAGAGUAUGGUUUCAGAAUACAGUCUGCAAACCCCCCUGCCCAGUUACUAAGGUUGCUGGUGACAAUAUGCUUUGUUUCUUAUAAGUUAUAAUUACUGUGUAGAGAGAGAGUGAAAGAGAGAGGAGACUCGACAAAUGAUAAAGAAUAGGUCGUGCCCUGGACAUAUAUCUCUUCUAUAGGAACUGCUUUAGAUCCCUUCUUCUCCUACUUGUUCUUGUUUCUAAACCAAACAUGAGAUUGUUACUUUGUUAGUCAUGUACUCUUAUUCUUAUCCAUAAAAAUUCAAGGUGAUUUACUUUUGUC